AGAGAAGAUGCUGGCACCAAAAUUCAUAAUCAACAACAAAUAACUAGCAUCACUGUUUUCUGUUUUGCCUGCACUGGUUCUAAGGAUAACUGCUUUCUGUCUUAAAAACAAUUAAAAAAAGCCCUUUGAGGCCAGUUCAUUUCAAAUUGCAUAAAAGAUAUUCUUUACUUACUGCUUAGAACAGUUUGUUAUUUCUUUCUCUUUCAUUUAAAAUCUGCUAAAAUGCAAUAGUUGUUAAUUUUCAACUGGGCAUGUCUCUGGAGUCACUUUUCCAAUAAGAAAGUUAUGUCAAACCAUCCAACUUCCUUUUUCGGUUCCUUCUCAGCCAAAGUCUUGUCAGUACAGAAUGGUUUGGGUUAAAUACUCGGUUAUAGGAAAUUCAAUUCAGAACAAAAAGCAGGUAGAACUUCCUUAGUUGAGGGUUUGUAGGAAGGUUUUUAGAGUUUUUAUUCACUGGAUCUUUCCCCUUCACAUUUCAAGAAAAAAAAAUGUUUCCUUUUUCUUCCCUUAUUCAGAUGAAAGUAUAAAUGCAGCCUACAUAUCACUGAACCUCAUCUUUUAAAAUAUUCAGUUUAUUGUGUACCAUUUGACUCCAUCGUGCAUAAUUUUCUUCUUCUCAUUUUUAAGGGACUGCUGUAAUGCUGAGAAGUACGAGCCAUGUGUAACCUGGGGGUGACCCACUCAGGGGUGCUGCUGCUUUUCAUCACAGUCACUCAGUCAGCUCUCAAACCAGCAAUGCCUCCCGUGAUCAAAGACCAGCCUUUCAACAUUUUCUGGGCAGCUUCGACAGUUUAUUGUAAGGAUUUCUUCAAGGUGAAUAUGAACCUUCAAUCAUUUAACAUUAUAUCAAAUCCUUUAGAGACUCACAGUGGAUCAACAAUUGCCAUAUUCUAUCCAAAUGAAUUGGGAUAUUAUCCUUUUUUCUCCCAAGAUGGAAAAUCCUUUAAUGGAGGAAUACCGCAGAAUAUGAGCCUUUCUAAACACGUUAAGAAAACGGCCGAAGAUAUUGCCAAAGCUGUCUCUUGGUGGCAGUCGGAAGGACUUGUUAUUAUUGACUGGGAAGGUUGGAAGCCCCAGUGGGAGAGGAACUGGGGCAGCAGAAUAAUAUAUAAAAAGCACUCCUUAGCCUUCACGAGACAGCAUCACCCUGAGUGGCCAGAAGCCAAAGUGAAAACAGUUGCCCAACAGGAAUUCGAAAAGGCUGGAAGGAGUUUUAUGAAUGUCACUCUCACAUUGGCUUUAGAAAUGAGACCAAAACAUUUAUGGGGCUUUUAUCUCUAUCCAGAUUGCUACAAUUAUGAUUACAGGAUAAACCCAGAGUUCUAUACAGGUAAUUGCCCAAAUGAUGAGAUUUUCCGCAAUGACCAGCUCCUUUGGCUGUGGAACAAAAGCACAGCACUUUUUCCUUCAAUAUAUUUGGAUAAAAUACUAAAGUCAAGUUCAAAUGCAUUGAAAUUUGUUCAUUAUCGAAUUAGAGAAGCCAUGAGAAUUGCUGAAAUGGCUAGACAAGAUUAUGCUUUGCCAGUUUUUAUUUUUUCCAGACCAUUUUAUUUGAAAAGUAUUGAAGUUCUGUCAGAGGAGGACUUAGUGCACACUAUUGGUGAAAGUGCUGCAUUGGGGGCAGCAGGAAUAAUAUUGUGGGGAGGAAAUGAAUAUUCUGGUUCAAAGGAGACCUGCUUAUCUGUGCAACAAUCUAUUCAAGGGCCACUGGGACACUAUGCUGUUAAUGUAACAUCUGCAGCCAAGCUCUGCAGUCAAAGUCUAUGCAACAGUCAUGGAAGAUGUGUUCGAAAAACACCUGAAUCCUCCUCUUAUCUGCAUAUGCCUGAAAGCAGCAGAAAGAAAUAUGUUCCACAAAAGAGCUUCAGAUUUGUCAUUUCUGAAAAGAGCAAACUGCAGACAAUAAUGGACAUGAAGAAUAGAUUUGUGUGUCACUGCUAUUAUAGCUGGGGUGGAGAGUCUUGCCAUCUUCCCUACUCAGAUUUCUUGAGUUGGAAGAACAAGGCUCCUGAUGCUAACUUUAACUUCCCAGUUUUUCUUGGCAUGAACUUAUCUGUGAUUCUGAUGAAUUUCUUUCCUCCCUACUACAAUGUCAAACUUUUUUCUUUCAAUAGUAAAGAGUAGAAAAUGUUGACUGACUUUCUUCAACCUCAGACAUCUUCUACAAUAUUUAUUGGAUUUAAAAUAAAAAAAAAUGUAUAAAAAGGAA